CCUUUAAAUAAGAAAAUGUUAGGAGCAGCCCCUAUCCAGUUUGAUGGGGACAAUAUGUACAUGAGUCUGACUGAUGCAAACCAGGAUUACCUUCCUGCCAAUCAGUCCUUUGCUGGCCAGGGACUUGGUGAUGAAGACUACGAGAUUCCACCAAUCACUCCUCCAAACCUGGGAGACCCAUCUUUUCUUCACCUGAUGGAUCCUCAUGUGGGUUACCAUUCACUGUGUCAUUCAGUACCUCCCAAUGGGCUGCUUCCUCAGUACCCUUACCAGGGCAUCGACCUCCCAGCAGUCAUGGUAUCCAACAUGCUGGGCCAGGAUGGCCACCCGCUGUCAAACCAACUACCUAUGAUGCAUGGAAUGGGUCAUCCAGAGGGUCCUCAAUACGAUUCAGGACCUCCACACCCAUUGGUCAGUCGGUCAGGAAUCAUGCCGCCUAGUCACAUGUCUGCCAUUAGCCAUUCACAACUGAAUGCACAGGUCAGUCUGAAUGUAGCUAGGAGCGUUCUGACUCACGGCUCUCCCUCGCCCCCUGGAAGCAACUCUGCCACUCCCUCGCCCUCAAGCUCAGCACAUGAAGAGGAGUCUGACCAUCUGUCCAAGAUUACUGGAGAGAAGAGACCGUCCAUGGACAUCGGGAAGAAGAUGAAGACACAGAAAAAGAAGAAGAAGAAGGAUCCAAAUGAGCCACAGAAGCCAGUCUCUGCCUACGCUCUCUUCUUCCGAGAUACACAAGCAGCAAUUAAAGGACAAAAUCCCAACGCCACCUUUGGAGAUGUUUCUAAAAUUGUUGCCUCAAUGUGGGAUGGUCUUGGAGAGGAGCAAAAACAGGCAUACAAGAGAAAAACUGAGGCUGCGAAAAAGGAAUACUUGAAAGCACUUGCUGCCUAUAGAGCCAGUUUAGUGUCCAAGAGCUAUGGUGACCAAGUGGAAACAAAGAAUGGCCAGACAUCUCAACAAUCGCACAUGAUUCCCCCUAAGCAGCCUCUCUAUAGCCUGCCCCCCCACACCUCAGCGCCUUACAUUGGACCAAAUUCCUUCCUCCCUCAGUCUGAGUUGCAAACUUACUCGGGCCCCUCCCAUCAUGGCCUUUCUCGGACCCUCAGCUCCAAGUCGGUCAUGUCACAGAUGCCCCUGAGUGGCUCUCCACCCCCCUCGCUGCAGAUCAGCCCCCCCUUGCACCAGCAGCUCUCCCUCCAGCACCAUCACCAUCAGGGACAGCAGCAACAGGCUAACGUCCUCCAGCAGCCCAUCUCCAUGCAGUCAGUGCAGAGCCAGCCAAUCAUCUCUCACCAGAUGCCAUUGCAAGUCCAAUCGCAGCUUCACUCUCCAGCAGGCCAGCAGGGAUAUGCUCACAUGCAGUCGGAAUUUCAGAACACGGUUAGUGCCCAGUCUCCUGGUCCGAGUGUUUCGAAUGCGAACGUACAGAGCAGCGAGUGGGAGACUGAAUACUGCAACAAUGAGUGUGUCAUUAACCACUGCAGCAUGUUACCAAGGGACAAGCCACUCUACCUCACCUGAGCCCACACGACCUCCUGUACUUGGACUUUCCCAAGGGAGUCACCAGCCCAAAAGAUGCCCGACCCCUCAAACACCCACAUCAGUAGCAGUGAGGACUUUAGCUGAGCCAAUUGCCAAGGACUUGGAAUCAUUGACACAACACCAGCCUGUGAGCUCCCUCACGUUAUCAUCCAAUUCUCACCCUCUUUCUUUCCAAAAAAAAAAGU